ACCUAAUUAACAAACAAAUUAAACUUUCUAAUACUAUAUAUAUGACCUUUAGUUAUGUUCUUCCUUCAUCCAAUCAAGUUCGAGCGAAUUCAGUAAUUAGAAUAUCAAAAAGGAAAGGCAAAAGUGAGAGAUGGGUCAACUUCUUAGGGCUAUUUUCCUUGCAUUGUGUGCUCUGUGGAUGACCCCCGGAUUCGGAGCUGCAAAACAUGCAGGCAUAACCAGGCACUACAAGUUUGAUGUAAGUAUUGGCAUGGCAUGGACUAUUUCAGAACCAAGAGCAUGGCAUUUUCCAAGAUACUGAUGUUUCCCCUCUUAUUUUCUAGAUCAAGAUGCAAAGUGUGACAAGAUUGUGCCAAACCAAGAGCAUUGUGACAGUAAAUGGCCAGUUCCCAGGUCCUCGGAUUAUAGCCAGGGAAGGCGACCGCAUUCUAGUCAAGGUGGUUAACCAUAUCCAGCACAAUGUCACACUUCACUGGUAUGGCAAACUUUGAAUGU